UUUUUUUUUGGGAAAUGGAUGCUGGAGAGUGUCCACUGGAGAGAGGGUGGAGUCAUUAAUGGAUCUUGGAGAAUAGGUUUUUGAGAUUAUUUUUGAAAGACUUUGAGUUAUCAAUAAAAACUUGAAUUAAAAGUUAACUUUUAGAAGUUAAAAAAUAGCAAACUUGUUUUUUAUUUUAAAAAGGAAUCUUUAAAGAUCUUUCUUGUAUCCUAAAAGUUAUUCAGAAAUGUCUUAAAGCGAAAUAAAAGGUAGGAAUAUGUAUUAUUUUACUUCCUAGAUUUUAAGAUCCUAGAGAUCCAAGAUCCUAAAACACCAUUCCCAGAUUGAUGAUAAUGAUAUAAUCAUUUAAAUAUUACCUAUAGCUAUAUAGGAUCAUGUUAUAUAUCUUAAAUAUCUUAUAACUCCUAUAAGUAACCUUUUGAAAAUAAAACAUUUCACCUCAAAGACCCACAUCUCCACCCCGUCUGACCCACUGCCUUGUGAAAAUUUCAGUUGAGUUUGAAUCCCAAGUUGGAUCGCCGCUAACCACCAACCAAUGGUCAUGAAAACCACCAAGAAACCACCAAAAUUACCGGAUCAGCGGACCACCAAACCACUGGACACUUAACCAAAGUCAAGGAAAACUAGUUGCUGAUGAAAAAUCGCGAAAAGUCAAAUAGAAAAACCCGUUUGCUCCAAAUGAAAGGGAAAACAAAUGGACAUGUUGGGGGAAGAUUGGAGAGAGAGAGGAUGAGGAGGAGGUGCUGCCUGGACAACUCGAUUCGAUGAGGCUAUUAUGUCAUCGGCAAACGCCAUAGCCAUUGCGGAAAGCGGUGGGAUGGACUUUGUUUUGAUGAUAACUUCGCUGGUUCCGGUUUCUGGGGAUAGCGGCUUGGAGCUCAGAGCUUACCGCGUUUUGGGGCGAUCAAAGUGGAGCCUGCCUGGCAUCGGUUUUUAACAUCCAAUUUGGUGGCUUUAACAUGAGCUCCACUUGCGAAGAUCGCCCAUUUGAAGGCUGACAUUCAAGCUGUUCGGACCUGACAGGAUAACGCGCCCAAGGAUGGGAUUCAGAGUGAUACUGCUGGCUGCCACUGGCCUCGGUGCCAUGUACAUGAUGCAUCUGCUGGCCCAGGAUUGGGUGAAGAUCCGACCUAUACGAGGGAUAACCCAACUGGCUGGGAUGGCCGCCCAACCCAUCCAAAUGGCCAUAGCACCCAUUCAACAGGCCAGUGCCUCCCUGAAUCUUUUCCGAAGCAGAAGAUCAGCGAUUCAAAGCCACGAACUUGGUUGGCUGAAGAAAGCCCAGGAUUCCGGAGGAGGAGACAGUGUCCAAAGGGGAAGGCGAGUUGAGAGACCUCCGCCUGCAAUCGACUGGAAGCGAAUCCUCUCGAGGGAUCCCUUCGAGUGCCUGCAGUCUCUUAUCUGCCAGUUGAUGUCUGGAGCGGAGGAGGAAUCUCCCGAGGCGGAGGUGCUCAUGGACUAUCUGGAAUCUUCGCUGGAAAUGGCUCCUGUUAAAAUAGGACGGGCUUUCAGUCGAGGAUUGGCGCUGAGAGGCUCUACGGAGCUGUGCUUCAAUGAGUAUCCUUUCUGUCUCUAUUCGGCGAAGACCAUGUUGAGGAUUUUGAGAUGGUUCAGUGAGACGGAAGAGGUCCCCAUGGAGGAACAAAAUUAGUCUGCUUUCAAAUGAUAAUCUUGUUUAAUUUUUAAUUUAAGUUAAUAAAAUUACUUUAGAGAGUGAA